UUCCGCCAAACAAAGCGUCUUUCACUAGGGUCGUCGUGUUUUUGCUACCCACGUCAGGUUCCAGCUAGAGUAAAGAAUGGCUGGGGUAGUCCUGGACAAGGACCAGUUCACCUGCUCGGUAUGUCUGGACGUCCUGCGGGACCCGGUGACCAUCCCGUGCGGCCACAGCUACUGCUCCGACUGCAUUCGCAACUACUGGGACCAGGCCGACUACAUCGGGGUGUUUAUGUGCCCUCAGUGCCGGCAGAGCUUCAACCCGAGGCCGGCCCUCGCCCGGAGCACCUUGCUAGCCGACGUGGUGGACCGAUUCAAGCGGAGCGGACUACAGGAGGUGUCGGGGGGGCAGCAACCGAGCCCGGCGCUGGCGCAGGGCGACGACGUCGAGUGCGACGUAUGCAUCGGUAGGAAGAACAAGGCGGUCAACUCUUGCCUGGUUUGCUUGGCGUCAUACUGCGAACUGCACGUCCGACCGCACCACGACUCGGCCGUGUUCAUGAAGCACAAACUGGUCUCGGCCUCCAAGAGGCUCCAGGAGAGCCUCUGCGCGCGCCACGAUAAGCUCCUCGAGGUCUUCUGCCGUACGGACAAGCAGUGCAUCUGCUCCAUGUGUCUCACAGACGAACACAAGGGACACGACACUGUACUGACAGAGGUGGAGAUACAGCUGCAGCAGAGACAACUCGGUGAGAUGAAGUUGAACUUUCAGCGCAGCAUCCAGAAACUAGAGAAGGAAUCUCAGGAGCUAAGACAAACCAUCUUCUCCCUCAACCGUUCGGCUCGGCUGGCGGCGGAGACGAGCGACAGCGUAUUCGCGGACCUAAUUAGCGGCAUGGAGCUGAAGCGCUUCGAACUGCGCGAACUGAUCAAGGCCCAGCAGAAGCUGGCGGUGAGUCAGGGCCAGCAGUUGUUGGAGAGUAUCAAUAAGGAGGUCGCCGAGCAUAAGAAGCGUGAGACCGAGCUGGACCGGCUGGUGCUCUCUGACGACCAUCUGCAUUUCCUCCAGAGUUGUCAGACGCUGAACACCGUCGCGCCCGUGUCAUCGAUUCUGCCAGCCGUCGCCGUGGACCCCGGCUUGACCUUUGACCCCGCAACCAAAGCCGUGUGCGACUUUAAAGCGGUGCUGCAAGAGGUCUGCCAGGGAGGAUUCGUUAGCAUCUAUGAGAAAGUGAGAGAAGUGGCCAUCCUUGCUCCUCCCAAUACACCUGUCCACACUGACGUAACGACACCCAUGAGCGUCGUCCAGCCUCCUGUUCAACUGGAGGAGACAGGGAUCCCGUCAACCGGCCUGGACCAAAGUCCCGUGAGCCCCCUCAAUCCUUUCCUGAGCCCAGGACCUGUUGUCCCCACAUUUGUCUUCUCGCCUCUUGGCUCGAAACUGUUUUCAGUCCCCAGGCUGAGGAGCCAUCAGCGUCGCAGUCAUCCACUUUCGUCCCUUAUGAGCAAUAAAAUGGCGACAGGAGCGCCGACAGCUGCGGCCACCAUCUCCAUCGAACAAGACCAAUUUAGCUGUCCGGUUUGUCUGGAGGUUCUGCUGGACCCGGUGACCAUCCCGUGCGGACACAGCUACUGCCUGGGCUGCAUUGAGGACUACUGGAACAGAGGCAAACCGCAGAAGUCGCAGUACAGCUGCCCGCAGUGCCGUCAGGAGUUUAACCCGAAACCGCUGCUCAAUCGCAAUACCGUCUUGGCGGAGCUGGUAGAGAAGUUCGUCCAAGGCGGAGUGCGAGAGCAGCCGGCGAGGGAGCGCCAACGUCGGCAGAGACACGGAGUCGUAGCGGUUCCAAAGUCUGGUGCUGUGAAAGAGAACCUGUGUCCACGCCACGAGAAGCCGGUGAAGAAAUACUGCCGCACUGACCAUCAGGGCUUGUGUUUGCGCUGCGUCAAAUCCCAUCACGCGGAUCAUGACGUCGUGCAGCUGGUGGAUGAACGAGUGGCGGAACAGAAAAAACUCCAAGAAGCAUCUCUGAAGAGCACGCAGAACAUUAAGGAUGUGGAGAAGGAGCUUCGAUAUGCGGUCAAAUACAUCAAACACGCCACCGAGGCAGCGGAGGAAGAGAGUGACCGGGUCUUCGCCAAGCUGCUCCGAGCCAUUGAUAAACAUCGAUGCGAUGUGAAAGAGGCGAUCCGAGGGCGAGAGCAGGUGGCCUUGGCGCAAACCGAGCAGUUGCUAGAGAAGCUGGAGCGCGAGACAGCGGAGGUCCGGAGGAACGAGGCCGAGCUGGAGAAACUCUGCCGGAGCAACGACCACCUUCACUUCCUUCAGAAGAGCAGAUCUCUUCAUUUCCCAUCCAAGCGGGUUCAGAUGCCUAACACAGACAUGCUUCCAUACUUAAUGUACAAAAGCAUGAGAGGAGGCCUGUCGGAGCUGAAGGAGGGUCUGGAUGAAAGCCUCCAAAGAGAAAUCAACCGAAUCUCCGAUAAAGUGAUUUCACUGAAGGAAACCAGCGCUCCAAAUGAAAAGACUAAAGUCACACUAGACGCUCACAUAUUAUAUGACGCGGAACCAAAGACGAGAGAAGAAUUUUUACACUAUUACCAGGAUUUAACGUUGGACCCUAACACGGCCAACCCUUACCUGAGCUUGUCCGAGAGUCUGCGGGGGGCGACCACUCGCUCCGAGGCAAAGCCCUACCCGGAGCACCCGGAGCGCUUCAGCAGCUGGGCGCAGGUAUUGUGUUGCGCCGGCGUGGCGGGUCGCUGCUACUGGGAGGCGGCCUGGGCCGGCAAGGGCGGGGCGUCCGUCGGCGUGUGCUACCGAGGCAUGAACAGGAUCGGCGGAGGCAACGACAGCAAACUGGGCCACAACGCCAAGUCCUGGAGCCUGGACUGCUCCGAAAGCGGGUGCGUGUUCCGCCACGACAAGCAGAGCGUGCGCGUGGCAAACGGCUGCGUCAACAGGAUAGGAGUUUAUCUGGACUUGAGGGCCGGGGUUUUGUCCUUCUACAAUGUUUCCGGGGGUAUGCUUCUACUUCACAGCGUCCACGCCGCUUUCAGCCAGCCCGUGCAUCCGGGAUUCUGGGUGGGUUUAGGAUCUACUUUGAAGUUGUGCUCUUUGUAAUUGUAAAACCUGGUUGCUGCUCACUUUUUGAGAUGCACCUGCACCAUCUCCUGUAAAGACAUGUACCGGUUUCACGGUAUACUGUGGUAUAAAAACGUCAAGGUUUCAAAACUGCAAAAAAUUUCCGUCAUAUUAGCUAUUUAUGUCCCAAAAAUGCAUGGAAAUCCCUCGCUUGCAGCUGGAAGGCUCAACGCUCCCCCACCGGUUGUUGCUCAGUGUCGUUGAGUCAGCUGUGCUACACAAUGGCUAGAGGAAGUGAAAGUCCUGAACAUUUUUCCCCCCAUCGAAGAAAACCAAAACAUUGGUAUGGGAAUACUUCGGCUGAAGAAAAUUUUGACUGUCAACCGACCUGCAAAACAUGUUUGCAGGGUGUUGCUGCCGAGGAGGCAAUACCUCCAAUAUGAUUUCGCAUUUAUACAUAAUUAAAGGUUAGUAAACACUGUCAUGAACGUUUCCCACCAGUUACGAGAGAGGACUCCAGUGUGUCUAGCGGUGGUAAAACGUGUUUUUUUUUUUUCUCUCUCUGGCAACAAUGUUGAAAAAGUGUGUGUAAUGUAAACAUGAUACGUGUCAUACGCAUGUGCUUCUUAUGAAAAAGAAUUCAAUUAUUUUUGUUCUGAUGCUAAUACUAUUGAGAUGUGGCUGUGAAUUUAAGCUCACCUAAAAGGACUGCAUUUAUUUUAAUU